AUGGAGGACACCUUUCAAGUGCGCCUCGACUUUGUGUCGCUGCUGCGCCGCCUCAACGCCUCGCAGCAGUCGAUCCAUAAGGUCCUAGCCUUCGCAGAUCGCCAUGCCGCCAAAUCAUCGGGUGAUAUCUGGGACUGCCUCCUCUCCGAGUGUGGCAAAGCCAGUCUCUCUUCACGCUUGAACAUCCUCUUCCUCCUCGACGCCCUCUUCACCGACUAUGCAUCGUCACACAACAGCCAGAGCGCAUCUCGAGCUCUGCUUCUCUCCAACUUCCGCUCCUUGGCGCAAAGGGACCUGCCUGCUCUCAUUGACGCUGUAGUGCCCUCAGACAGCUGGCAGGGCAUCAAACUCAAUUCAGCGGUGACGAUCCAGGUCCUCACUUCGUGGAGGCUCAAGCGCCUCUUCCCGCAGGAGCACAUAGCUGAGCUCCUCGAGACGAUUGAGGAGAGAAAACGCAAG